AUGUCUUCAUUAGGAGGGCCAGCACGCAAAACUGAUGGAAUGUUUGUAUAUUGCACUAUCCAUUUCUUUUUCUUUGACAGUCUCUUGGUUCUUCGGCGCACCGACAAGCACCUUACGAUCAAGAGUGCCAACACGACCGACACCGUCGCAAUCGAUCGAAGCAAUCUGGAGAAGCGACAGUACGACGCAAACCCGGCCCCGCGGAUCACUAACAGUACUCCAGCGCACCCGGCACACGCAGCACCGCAGACAUCAGACGACACCCCAGCGACUCCUGUGCAGCAGACCAGAUCCGGUAAAGUCUGUCUCUUCCCUCAGCAAAUGAUAUACCUGUGUCUUUCUCCUUCCCGUAUGUUCUCUCCCUUCCCCACGCUUUCUCGACAACCGAGACGUGGGAGUCGGGGCCCUCCUGGGUUGGGUAGAGCUCGGAUGACCAUCUUUUCUCGGACUACCAACCCAUUUCUCCCCUCCAUUCGAGUUAUCGGCAUUUCCAAUACCCUUUUCCAUCUCGAUCGAAGUGCAAUGAGCGAACAAAGGAAACCAAAAAGUGACUUACUUGAGGUCCGCCACUCCGUCUUUUGCUUUUUUUUUUCUUUUCUUUUGCUUCCUUCUCUUUUUCUUUCCGAUCAAUAUAGUCUGAAGACUAGAGUCCUUUCUGGUCUUACUCGGUCCCGACUGGACAAAACAAAUGCAACUAUCUCUCCUCUUUCAGACGGCCGUGGUAAUUCCCACGGGUCUAUCCUGGUCACGGCACCAGUCUAA